AGGGUCUAGUUUUUUUGCUGAAACAAGUUGGAGGUCGGGUACUUAGUACAAGUUCUCAAGAGCCGCCUAUUGGUUUUGUUUGCGUUAUUCUCUUCACGAGAAACCAAGACCAACGUUAGGGAUCCGUGUCUGCGUCUGCCGUUUCAGAAACGGCGAUUCUCUAUUGCUCCGUCUGGUCGUGAAGUAAGUACUUCUGGGCGGCCGCUUCAGCAACAACGAGCCGCGCUAGUUGCGACAAGCGCGCACGAAUGGAUCCGUUUUCCCAGAUAAUGGGGACCAUGGCGGUGCCACCGCCUCUGAUCUGUCCGCCCUGUGGCCCAACCGGCGCGCCGUUGGGGGCUGGGAAUGGUGGGAAACAAGGGAUGGGUGCUGGUAUGAACAGCGCAACUGCCGGUGGCGGUGGAGGUGGACUGCUCAUGCCUUCUUCUAAACAGGCCACUACCUCGACAAAACGGCAUAUGGAUGUGUCAGAGUUGAAAUCGACAAAGUUGAAAUAAUUUGUCAUGCAUAAAAUGGACGCCAGUUGGAACCCAGUUUCCAAGUGGUGCAUGACAAAUUUCGGUGGUCCCUAAAUCCAGUUUGUCACGCUGUUUAGGCAAAGAAGAGUGAUUUUCUCAUGCUACUUUAGCAGCUCGAGCUGUAGCCCCCAACAGGCUUACAAUCGGCCUCACUUGCCUGCUCUGCAACACACGUGCCUCGGGUCAUGCAUUUUAUGCAUUACAAAUUAUUUCAACUUUGACGAUUUCAAACCUGACGCUUCCAUACGGCAAAAGGCGAACACGGAACUCUACAAGACGCAAAUGUGUAUGAAUUGCAAAUAUGUCUGGAUUUUCUGGAAACCUGUGAUGGUGCAUGUCAGUGAUUAGUAAAGCACACUGUAAUUAUGUUGCGCCAGCAAGCAUUACAGAUUUUUCCGUGGCUCUGUGUUGCGUAUUUCGCAUGAGAAGCAGCGUUUGUGCGUGACCGAUGUUGGCCCUACCCAAUACAGAGCUCAGUGUCAUGCCAUACUAGCAUGAAAAAUCGCGCAUUUUUCCAGACAUGCUUGCAAUGCAUAAUGUGCUUCUAUCACCUAAACGGCGAGUGCCGGUGGGGGGAAAGCUGCCAUCACGCGCACAGCUACGACGAGCUGCGGCCCAAGCCGGAUCUUGUAUCUUUAUAUGUAGUAGAGUGUUUCAAUGAGAAUGAACAUUCUGCUGCACUAUCUGUUUUGUUUGCUACGACGGAUUAUAGUUGUCUUUCCAUUUGCUUAUACAAAUUCAUGUUUAGGAGCGCGAGACUGAAGAGCAAAACGGGGGUAUCUAUCAGUUCACCCAUCAUGAUGGGACGGCUGAAAAAAUUCGAAUUGAGUGACAACUGAAAGAUUACUUAGCGCAAAAACUUCUACACAGACCCGCACUGCCAUGUGUCCGGACCUGCUGAAGUGGGACCGGUGUGACAACCCCUACUGUACUAUCAUAUGUAAAAACGUCCCCAAGCGAAAAUCAAGUUGGGAUCUUAGCAACACGAAUCCAGAAGUUUUGGGAGCCACGCAUGACAAGUUGCAGUCCGUAGUGUAGUGCAUGUUAGCAAGGGCAAUCGCAUCACAAAUCCAUCUGCUUAUCCUGUUUAGAGCAUCACAAAUUCCAAAACGCGAUUGGUAAUGCCUGGCAUGGACAUGCGCAUUACAAAUCUUCCUGUCACUGCAAAUCCGCAUGACGGCCAUGGUACAAUGGGGGGGCAAAGUGUGUCGCAUUUUGUUUAGCAUGACAACUCUGGGGUGGGGACGUGUUUACACAGGAUAUGUACGUAUGCGCAUUUGAAGUCGGAGCUGCAGUCGACCAAGGCGUUUAUGAAAACCAAGAUGUGCAACAACCCGGAAAAGUGCAGCUACGGCGCCAACUGCCGCUACGCUCAUAGUGUACAACAGUACAGUGUUUCCACUUGUUCCGGGGAAAGAAAUAGGAAUGAAGAAUGAGAGUCAAAAAACGCUUUUAUCAUGCUAACGUACUUGUGGUAAAAAUCAAAUGGAAUAAACGCGGGCCUUAUCGUCCAACAAAACUACUUCCAUUUCAACAGGAAGCCGAGCUCCGUUGCGCCAUUGUGCUUCCGCGGAAGCAGCGCCAGAAGCACGUGCCGAACUAUGGGCAGCAGUUAAAGAACCGCGCGGACCAGUCUACCGCCCUCGCCUCCCCGGUUUAUGAGAAUGCACAAGAACUCCCCAUGCCCUCAUUUGUAUGGCAUACACUACAGCAAUACAAACACCAGCGCGCGUGGGGGCUCCGCAUGACAAGUUCAGGCACCUAGUGUUGUAGUACUGUUCUUUGGGCGCCUUCUUCCGGCGAAGUCUGUCAUGCAAAGGGUGCCACAAAGCGGCGCUUGCAUUUGGGAUCUUGCAUGAGAAGUGCGGGGGAGGGGGAGUUGUGCACUCUCAUACGGUUUCGGCUUUGAACACUUCUACGACUACGGCCGCGAUUAUGGAAGCGUCAGGAUCGAAAUCGACAAAGUUGAAAUAAUUUCUCAUGCAUAAACUGCAAGGCAUGAAGUGCCUCUCUUGCAGGGACGGCAAGCGCGGCCGACUGUCAGCCUGUUUUGGGUCUGCGAUAGAGCUGCCAGAGUAGCAUGACAAAAGCAGUCGUCGGCGACAAAGCAGCAUGACAAAAGCCGCUUAGAAAGUGGGCUUCCAACUGGUAUCGAUUUUAUGCAUUACAAGUUAUUUCAACUUUGACGAUUUCAAUCCUGACGCUUCCAUAGCGAUGGUCUCCUCCGCGGCAGCGCACAUGCUGAACCAGAGCCAGCUCACCGGGAUGCACACGGGUACAGAUUGUUAUUUACCUUGAUGAAAGCUAUUUAUAUAGCAUUGGCGUUUCUUUCAUCCCGUCUUCUUCACAACAUCAGAAGACACUACACACGACGUCACUACAGACGCGUCGCUCACGACCCCGGGGUUUACGCCGCUGCCAGCUGCCUACGAAAGUGGAGGAGAACUACUUUCAUCCCGCUUAAGUGACGUUUCAGCCUGUCACUAUCAAUUCAUACAUUGUCAGCAUGCACCAGAAAAAGCUAAAGCAAGACUGAUGUAUACAACUCGUGAGUGACAGUACUACAGCACUAGCGCACUGCCCGCUGUUCAUCGUUUUUUUAGAAGGGGGUUUGGUUCUCGAUUUGUCUGGCAUAAUAGCAAGAUACUACUCGCAGAAGGGAAUUUCACGUUCUGGAUGAACUGAUGUGUAGUUGAUCAGAAAGUGACAUAACAAUAAAGGAAAUUAGUUCUUAAUUUUCUUUUCACUCUCAUACCCUCUUGCCGUUUCCGAACGACCUUGUGCUGGCACCGUUCAUUCCAGAGGCCGCUGGACCGCCACCGAGGCGAUUGACCAAGAAGGGAAUGUGUACUGACACAAUUUUGUUUGCCUCUCCUUGUCAGUCCGAUGCAUAUUUGAAAAAGAAAUCUACGGAAUCACGUACCUACGAAGUUGUACAUCACCGCUGCGAGGUGGCCACUACACACACGACAUAUUUAUCACAUCAAUACAACAUAAAGCGAGUAUUUUCAGGCCCCCCACCGCCCCCACCACCGUUCAAGUUGCCUUCUGCGUCGCCAAAUGGACAGCAGGGCGAACAAAACGUGCCAGGACAAAAUGCUUCGAGAGUGGAGGGGAUGAAAACCUCUACCGGCGAGGACGCAAAGAAGGCCGAACACGGACAAGGUAAAUUUUGGGAUUUUUCGUUCUGGUCAAUCAAAUUGAUAUAGUACCGAAGAUGUUGUUUUAGUGAUCUUGUAGACGAUCGCAAUUGCUCAGCCUUGCGAGGAUAAAAAGAUGAACACUGAAUCUCAGAUCAAAUGGCAACUACCGCUCGGGGAACCACGACUUCGACUACUGGCCAGCCCCUGCCGGCGCACCAUCUUCAGUAUAAUAAUACUUCUCACCCGCUGCCGAAGCUUCCGGACCAGCCCUCUGCGCAGUCGGCCCCGAACGCGAAUGGCGUGGCUGGUUUCGUCCCGGCCGCCCGGAAUUCGGGCAAAUCGCGGGAGUUGCAGCGCACCUUCUCCCUCCCGGCUGACCCGGCGGCGCUCAUGAAGAGCGGGAAUCAACAUCAGGGCGUACUAGCGAUGUUGCCUCCAAGCAGAUUGGAUAGCACGAGCCUCACGACGCAGCUGCAGCAGAACAGCCUGCAAUUUGCCCAGAUGCUGCACCAGCAGCUUCCCAGCUGUACUUCUACUGCUGGCGGAACAAAUGGAACACUGUCCUCGUCCACGACCGCCAAUAAGACCGCCGCCCCGGCGGUCGCGCCGCAGCCCCCGGCGCUGCCUCCACUGUUACCGCCGCCCGGAUGUGCUGGUGGUACUACUGCUCCUACGGGUGGAGCUGUGGAGUCGGGUACAACAGCUAGCGGCUCUUCCGCUACAACGACUGGUGAAAAGACAACUUCUGUGGACAAGAGCAAUACCACUGCUCUUGGCGAUGACAAGACCAGUAGCAACCAGCAGAACCAGCAGAAUGGAGGUGCACAACAACCGCCGGCGAAUAAUUCUAACCUGCAGCACGACCACAGGGGCGCCGCGACGGGUCGUCCCGCUACUGGAGGAAACGCUGAAUCUUCGGCCGCCGCACCAGCGGGUAUGGACAGUCAAACCGCGGCUGCCCACCUCCCGGGAGGUGGAGCACCAGGCUUAACUGCGAACCCAAAUAACCUGUGUGGCUCAAUCGCUCAGUCGCACAUUCCGCCGUCUGCAACAUCCACACUGCAAGUGCAGUCGCAUCAACAACAACAGCCCGGAGGAGCGUCUGCGACAGGGCUACUGUCCAAUGAUUUCUUGGAGCAACUUCUGUCCCAAACUUCUGGGACAGCGACAACGAACCACGCAUCUCUGAAUCAUUUGCCUUCUUCGCGCACAAACAACGCGAUGGCCGUCGGCGGAGGUGGAACUAGUUGUUCACAACAUAUCGUCCACGACGUGCCACAACCACCGCAGCCACAGGGAUUGAUGCCGACGGGCAGCUGUAGUCUCAAUGCAUCAAACGCGGCCCAACAACUGCAGCAGCUGCUCAGCUAUGCAUUGCAAAUAUGUCUGGGUCCGGAAGAAUGCAAGGCUUGUCAUGCUUGUCUGGCAUGACUGGAGAGUUUGUGAUGCGUGUUCAAGAAGUGACCCUUGUACUUGUCGUGCAACAACGAAGUUUGUCAUGCGGAAAACGCAACACUAAGCAGCGCAGAUAUUUUUCAUGGUUGGCUGUGCAUUACAGAGCAUUCACUAUUCCGAAUCCAGGAUUACAAGUUUCCAGACCCAGACAUAUUUGCAAUGAAUAUCAGCCAGAAUGCUGCCUCCACGGUUUUGAACAAUCUAGCCGCCGGUGGUUACAAUUCCACCUGCCUGGAAAAUACUAACAACUCAUCCGGCCACCUGGCGCCACAACUCGCGAAUCUAGCCAAUGGACAUUUCGGCACCGCAACAUCUGCGAGCAACAGUCUUUACUGCGGAGGAGCGGCAGGUGGAGGUGCCGUUCUUGGGGGGAAUAAUUACUACAACGCAGUGGCUGGUGGUGGCACAUGCACAACAAAUUCUGCGGUCGUUCCCACUCACCAUCAACUUCAACACGAUCUUCCGCUCGGCGCGAACUUGAACCAUUUGAGCAGCCAAUUCAACCACCAGAACGUCGGAGGUUCCCCGUGUUGGAACAACGGGAACAAUCCAAUGCUACUACAACCACCCUCGACCACCGCCCAAAACAAUUGCCUGCCCAACCACGCGGCUGUUUCGGCGAGUACGUUGAGUGAUUUACUGUUCAACAGCAGCCUCCAGUACCACCCACCAGCGCAUCAUGUACCCGCGCACCACCAUCUCUCUGCUGCAGCUGCGGCGGGGACGAACCAAUUUAAUCCGAAUGUACCAGUGCUGCCCCCGCCGCCAGCGAGCGCAUUUGACCCCUUUCUGCUCAGCUACUUCUCCGCCGCGGCUUUUGACCUGAACAACAAUGCAAGUAAUUUGACGGGAGGAAUAGGAGCUACUGCGCAUCAGCAUGUUGCUAGUAACCUCGACCACCUGCAGUUUGGCACGACGAACCACCAUGCUGCUAAUCAUGUUGCGGCCGCGGCGCACAACAUGCCAGGCUCGUUAAACCUGUCCGCAGCUGCCUCUUCGGCGUUCUAUUCGGCGGGCGUACAAGCGGCAGCCGCCGCACAUCAGCACUCGUAUGAUCAGUUCGCUUAUCAAGUGCAAAAAUAUUUCUAUCGACCUAGAUGAAAAGAAUUCAAAUUCUGAUCUGUGAUGCUGUAUCAUGGCUUGUGUAAUGCCAGACGAAAAUCUUUGUUGCAAGAAGCAUAUCUGCCGCUGUCGAGAAGAUCAUUUCCGCCAGACCAGGGUUGAUAGAAAAUUUGCACAUGCAUAUCAGUGCAACCAGUAGUGGCACAGUAAACAACCCCGCAACCGCUGCUGCUGCCCUCGCUGCGAACUGCUACCAGACUGCGACAACGGCGAUUGCAAGCGGUAUCAACCCGCCGCCGCCGUUGCUUCCCUCCCCCACCGCAGUGGCCGCAAAUGCAAGAGGAGGACAACAAAUUAGCUGUAUUUAUUUUUGCUUUUUUUUUCUACGCAUUGAACUACGAUCAGACUUCAGGACUAGCGUGAUGAUCUUCCGCACGAUGUUGACAAUGUGUAUUUGCGGGGUCGAUCGUUGUGUGUCGGUCGUGCGACUAUAAUAAUGGGGAAAACUACUGUCGUGGCCCAGAGGGAGGUGGUGAGUGAAUGUCUAACUCCUAAAACACCACCAGCUCCUUUGUCGGCUGUGUCCGCUGUCGUUGGUCCGACGCUGCUCGCGAGUCCGGUGUAUCAACUGCAAAUGUGUCUGGAUGUGGAAACUUGUAAUGCUGCGUUGGGAAUAGUGAAUGCUCUGUAAUGCACAGCCAAGCAUGAGAAAUCUCUGCGCUUCUUUGUGUUGCGUGUUUCGCAUGACAAACUGCGUUUUUGCAUGACAGGCAAAAGGGUCUCUUCUUGGACACGCAUCACAACCUUUUUGGUCAUGCCAGACAAGCAUGACAAAUCUCGCAAUCUUCCAGACCCAGACACUUUUGCAUUUGAUACGGUGCGGGGAGCCGCGUCGAAAUCCAUGCGGGUGAAAAAUACGUUUCUGAACUACAACGAUCCUGUAUGAGAGUGCACAACUCCCCCUCCCCCUCAUUCGUCAUGCAGAAUUCCAAAUCCAACCUUUGCCUCUUAACACUGUUUGCAUGACAGAUGCCGAACGCCAAGACUUACUGCGCUCCUCUAGGAAUUUGUCAUGCAAAAGCCGCAUCUUUUUCUAUUCUUUGCCAGCGCUUGUGUGGUUGCUGUUCAUGCAAUACAAAUGAGGGGGAGGGGGAGUUGUGCGCUCUCAUAUCCUGCCCGGUGCAGUCCGUGCGAGAAGAACGGGAGGUCACGCUCGGUGUAGAAAUCUGGUACUUUUCGGACGAAGUAUUUAAUACACGUGCGGCCCGUGGCAGUUCUGGACAAGUAUGAUGAAAAAUGAAAUUAUGGUAGACGUAGAAGUUCCCGCGACUUAGCACGUGAUGGUGAUAUUACAGAUGUUGUCUUGUCGUGAAAUGUAAUAGUAAGAGCUUAUGUUGAGGAUGAGGAGAAGGAUGUUGCCGUUGCCAAGACGAAGAGGCAGAUGGCGCGCGUCGCUGUCUGCCGCUUCACCACUUAUACUGAUGAUUUAGUGGCGACACCUCAGGAAUUACUUAAUUUCAAUGAGCAACAAGGUACUUGGGGUUGAACGAGGCACAGCCAGGUUUACGUUUUAGCAGCUACUUAGAAAUGCGUAGACCGUGAUCGACAGAUAACGUAGAAUCUUUUAAGAAUAAAGUGAGUAGAACAGAGUAUCCGCAGGCAGAUCCGCAUUGAGAAAAAAUCACGAAAAAGAAAGUACAUGAGAUUUAAAGAUAGCUUUUGCUUCACUCACGUAUCCGAUAUUUCCAUUUGUUUCUGUAUCGCUUUAAGGACGGUAGCAGACCAUGAAUAAACUUAAAUUUACAUUUUCAUGAUAAUCAACGAGACGACGUUUCCUAGAAGGAGUCGAUCAUUAAUAUUUAUCCGUUCCGCUGCCGCUACGACGAAGCCU